UUUCAAUCUUAUAUAUCUGUAUCAAGCCAAAGUUACGUACUACUGAUCAUCAAAGACAAAAGAAAUGGAGGUGCGCAGUUGUGUGGACAUGAAGGGCCUUGUCCUACAAGUCCUCAAAGGAAGAUGGCUCAUGGUUUUUGCUUCAUUCCUAAUGAUGGUCACUGCCGGAGCAAGCUACAUGUUCGGCCUCUAUUCCAACGACAUCAAGUCCGUCCUUGGCUAUGACCAAACGACACUCAACUUAAUCAGCUUCUUCAAGGACUUAGGAGGCAACAUUGGCAUCUUUUCCGGCCUAAUCAACGAGGUCACACCGCCUUGGGUGGCCUUAUCAAUCGGUGCAGUCCUAAACUUUUUCGGACACUUCAUGAUUUGGCUUGCUGUUACACAAAAAAUCCCCAAACCAAAAGUUUGGCACAUGUGUAUGUACAUCUCUAUAGGGUCAAAUUCACAUACUUUCACCAACACUGGAGCUCUUGUCACCUGUGUUAAGAACUUCCCCGAAAGCCGGGGUGUUGUGUUAGGCCUUUUGAAAAGCUAUACCGGUAUAAGUGCAGCUGUGAUUGCACAGCUCUACCAUGCUGCCUAUGGCGAUGACACAAAGUCCUUCACUUUGUUGGUGGCUUGGCUUCCUACAGCAAUCUCUUUCGCUUUCAUUGGAACCAUUCGGAUCAUGAAGGUUAGUCGCCGCCCGAAUGAGCUCAAAGCUUUCUAUAAUUUCCUUUAUAUUUCACUUGCCCUAGCAGCAUUUUUGCUGAUUAUAAUUAUUGUUGAGAAAAGUUUUAGGUUUAAUCAAAGAGAGUAUGUUGGAAGUGCAACUGUUGUGCUCUUUUUGCUCUUUUUACCACUUGGUGUGGUAAUUAUGGAAGAAUAUAAAGUCUGGAAGAGCAAGCGAGAUUCAAACCAAGAAACCAUUUCCUCUCCAACCCCACAGUUAUCAUUUACUGUUCCAUACAAAAAAGUUUCACCCUGGAACAAGAAUAUUUUUACCCCACCAGAAAUUGGUGAGGACUUCACUAUUUUGCAAGCACUUUUCAGCAUUGAAAUGCUGACCUUACUGUUGGCAACAAUCUGUGGCCUUGGAGGCACAAUGACCAUGAUGGACAACUUGGGGCAGAUUGGAACUUCUUUUGGAUACCCCUUACGAAGCAUCCGAUACUUUGUAUCCCUUACAAGCAUAUGGAAUUAUUUAGGGCAAAUAUCCGCUGGUAUAGGCUCCGAAAUCUUCAUCACAAAGUACAAAUGGCCUCGGCCUCUAAUCUUCACUGCAAUCCUCUUGCUCUCAUGUGUCGGUCAUCUUCUAAUCGCGUUCAACGUCCCGUAUGGUCUCUAUGUUGCUUCAGUGGUAACCGGUUUCUGUUUUGGUGCUCACUGGCCGCUAAUUUUUACCCUAAUUUCGGAGCUUUUUGGCCUCAAAUAUUACUCAACUUUGUACAAUUUCGGAGGGCUGGCAAGCCCAAUAGGGUUAUAUUUGCUCAAUGUGAGGGUCGCAGGGCACUUGUAUGACAUGGAAGCUAAGAAGCAAAUGGUAGCUUUAGGGCUAAGGAGGAAGGCUGGGGAGGAGCUGAAUUGUGUUGGGGGGCAGUGCUUCAAAUUGUCCUUCAUUAUAAUUGCAGUGGUGACAUUUCUGGGGGCACUUGUUUCUUUGGUUUUGGUGGUUAGGACAAGGAAGUUUUAUAAGAGUGAUAUUUAUAAGAAGUUUAGGGGGGAGGUGAGCGUGGCUGAUGAGACAGAAAUUGUGGUUGCUAAGAAUGGUGUGGGAGCAGCAGAAGCGAAAUUUGUAAUUGUGUAAUUUGUAAUAUUGUGGGUGCAAUAAUAUAAGGAAUUAAUAAACUUAUCGAAUU